AUUGUUUCUGAAAUAGAAAAUAUGCGUCAUAGAAUAAUUGAAGUUCGCCAGGAAAUAUAUAAUCAUAAUGAGAAUGAAGUUAGCAGACGAUGGGCUUUUGAAGAAGGGAUUAAACGGCCUUACUUUCACGUAAAACCAUUGGAAAAAAUACAGCUAAAAAACUGGAAAGAUUAUCUUGACUUUGAAAUAGAAAAUGGAACUCUUGAACGUGUGGUGGUUUUGUUUGAGAGGUGUCUUGUUGCUUGUGCCCUUUAUGAAGACUUCUGGAUAAAGUAUGCUAAAUACAUGGAAAACCACAGUAGUGAAGCUGUGCGACAUGUGUACAGCAGAGCAUGUACAGUUCAUCUAUCAAAGAAACCCAUGGUACAUUUACUUUGGGCAGCUUUUGAGGAACAGCAAGGGAACAUUAACGAAGCUAGAAGAAUCUUGAAAAUGCUGGAGGAAUCUGUAUCAGGGUUAGCCAUGGUCCGCUUAAGACGAGUAAGCUUAGAACGCCGCCAUGGAAAUAUGGAUGAAGCAGAAUUUCUGCUUCAGGAUGCAAUUAAAAACAGCAAAACGCCCAACGAAGCAUCUUUCUAUGCUGUGAAGUUGGCUCGUCUUUUAUUCAAAGUAGAGAAAAGCCUUCCUAAGGCCAGGAAGGUCCUACUAGAAGCAAUAGACUUUGAUAAGAUUACCUUCUACAAUAAUUUGACCCACUGGGACAGCUCUAAUGGCUUUAUUCUACUACCAUAUACCAUGCUGUAUUCAGCUGGGUAUGUUCUCUUACUCCCAUCCUGUGACAAAAAAAAAUUGUCACCAAUUCAGGAUAUGUGGUUUUCAAAAAAAAAUGCUGAUUUUUAUUUUCCCUCCCAUUCUCCAGGCUGUCUAAGACGAGUGCACCUCCUCCAAGGAAGCCCAAGUGCAAAUUGUUGUCAAGACUGGGAAUCUGACUUGGGAGCUCACCAAUUAAAUGUAGAAAGCACCAAACUAUAUCUAAAUCUUUUGGAACUUGAAUACAAUUCAGAUCUCAAACUGAAUGAAGAAAACAUUCUGAAUGCUUUUGAUAAAGCAAUAAGUAGCUCAAUGGCUAUAGAAACAAGGAUAGCCUUCUCCCAGCGGAAAGUUGAAUUUUUGGAAGACUUUGGUUCUAAUGUGAAAAGACUCAUGGUGGCUUAUGAUGAUCAUCAACAGCUUUUAAAAGAGCAGGAGUCAUCUAAAAGAAAGGCAGAAAAUGGGUCAGAAGAGCCAGAGGAGAAAAAACAAAGGAGUGAUGCAACAUUAACGUCUGCCCAGCUGAUGAGUGGAGACUUGCAGGCUAAUCAGUCUGCGUAUAAUUACAAUGCUUGGUAUCAGUACAAUUAUGCAACACCCUGGAACUACGGGCAGUAUUACCCACCACCUACAUAAUAUACUGGAAUUUCUUGUUCUGAGAUGUUUCGUUUCCGUUUUAAAAGUAAAAAGUGGAAAAUAUUGCAUCUUAAAGGACUUGCAAAGACUGGAUUUCUUUCUCAAGGAUUAAAACUGAGGAAAAAUUGUUUACUGGAAGAUGUUUGUUUGAGAUCAGAUAAGAUUUAUGUUCAAAAGCGUUUUGAGAAUUUCUCAUCUUUUUUGAGUUUUUUUAAAAAAAAUUCUCUUCAUACUUAAUUUGAUAAUAGGAAAAUAAAUUUUAAAGAUACUGCAGAGCACCACUGAUGGUAUAGUUUCUUAUCUGGCAAUUUCCUUCAAUUGUGGGAUUUUGAAAAAUUGCUGAGCUACAUAAUCAGGUAUACAACUAAUACAUUUGUAAUUGAAAACUUCAAAGACAUGUUGCUUUUUAUAUUUAAUUAAAAUAUGAUUGCACA